GCGCCUGAACGUGUGUGCCGCCAGCAGGUAUCGUUGGUCAGUUCGAGCUCACAUCGUCAGCGGCUGGUCCUACGGCUCACGGUCCUCGCGGUUGACCAUGUCAGAGGGCAGAGCAUGAGCAGCUCCAAGUAAAGCGAUGCUGCUCGCCAGAACGAAAGUGAUGAAGCGAGGGCUGAGGCAGAUCAUGGUUGGGAGCGUGACGGUAUCGUGGGGGGCGAUUUGGGAGAAAGGCAAGAAUGGGUCAGGCGCUGCGUGCGUCUUUAUCGCUCAGCCCAGCAGCCUCCUCGCGCAACGAUACCUCGCUGAUUCGUGUGGAUCGCUGCGGGCCGCACAAGCGGACGUCAGUUCCCUCGCGGCGCCCCGAUAUCGUCUCAUGAUAGGCCGCUGCCUCGACGCGGUGCUGAGGAUCGGCCCGUGACCGCCGGCGGCGGCGGAACAUUGGCACGGCGGCGUGACUGCCGAGCUGCUAGUCGCGCAGGGCAAACGGCUGAUGAAUGGUGGCUUCAAUCAUGUGACGUUACAGUACCGUUAGCGAUUCGGAUGCG